AAGUUGGCCAGAAAUAAUGGUCAAGCCAAGGUGCGUUUACCCGAUGAAGAAGAUGAAAAUGAAAUUAUUUUCGGUGGUGACGACGAGAUUGAUGUUGUCAAGCCUAAAUAUGCUGGUGUUGUUGUUGCCAUUCUUGAACGUGCUCAGAAUCAAGUGUUUUCAGGUACAUUAACCUUGAUGAGACCAAACAAUAAGCGUGCUGCUUUACAACAACAAGAGGAAGAAGAGACAGGUACCAAAAAGGAAACACCUCGCAUUGUCUGGUUCAAAGCUACAGAUAAGCGUGUGCCUUUGAUUGCUAUUCCUAUUGAACAAGUGCCUCAAGACUUUGUUGAAAACAACGAGGAAUACAAGAAUCGCUUGUUUGUUGGUUCUAUUAAGCGUUGGCCCAUUACCUCACUGCAUCCUUUUGGUACUUUGGAAAAAGAAUUGGGUGCUAUCACUGAUUUGGAUGUACAGAUCAAGGCUAUUUUGGCUGAUUCCAACGUGACACAUACUCCCUUUACCGAGGCUGUCAUGGAAUGCGUUCCUCCUAGUCCAUUUCAGUUUACUCCACCUGAAGACGGCACUCGUCGUGAUCUGACUUUAGAUCCAGAACAUCGUAUGAUCACCAUUGAUCCAGUAGGAAGCACUAUUUUUGAAGAUGGUCUAUCUAUUAUUCGUUUGGGUGAUGAUACUUAUGAAGUGGGUGUACAUGUUGCUGAUAUUGCCUACUUUAUCAAGCCGCAUUCUCCUUUGGACAAAGAAGCUAGAGCAAGAGCAGUGAGUGUUACUCUUGAUCAAAAAACUGUACCAAUGAUCCCCGACGAAUUAUCUGAAGUUGCCAACUUUUCUUUAAACCAACUCAAACCUGCUUUCUCUAUUAUUUGGAAACUCAACUCAGAUGGUAUGCUUCUUGAUACUUGGUUUGGAAAGACAGUUGUCAAAUCAAGUGCUCAGUUGACCUAUGAGGAUGCACAAGCUAUUGUUGAAGGCAACAAUGAUGAUAGAUACAGUCAAGAAAUCAACAACGAUGUCCGCAUGCUAUACAGCCUUGCCAAAACCCUUCAUACAUCUCGUUAUACCAAAGACGCCAUGUCUUUAGCUAGACAAGGCUUAGUUUUUGAUGACCCCAACCAACCUACUCAAGUUACCAUUACUGACGCAAAAUCUGAUAUUACUAAGAUUGUCAAGGAGUUUUCCUUCUUGGCCAACAAAUGCGUCGCUCAAAAGAUAUCUAGUCAAUACCCAGAACAAGCAUUAUUGCGUCGUCAAGCACCUCCUAAUAGCAGAAAGAUUAAUGAGUUGAAGGAUUAUGCUUCACGCUAUUUAGGUAUUGAGCUGAAUAUUACCAAUGCGUCCACUAUUCAGAAAUCAAUUCAAGAAAUUCAAGAUGAAGAAUUGCGUCAACUUGUGUCCAUCUUGGUUCUCAAGACAAUGCAACCACCCAAGUACUUUUGUACUGGUACAUUUGACAUUACCAAAUAUUUCCAUUUUGCUGCUGGUGUUCCUCUCUUUACGCACUUCACUUCACCUCUUCGUCGAUAUGCUGAUAUCAUUGUUCAUCGUCAGUUGGAAUAUGCAUUAAAUGGGGAAAAACAUUUCUUCUUGGACCGUGAUACAGUCCAAAAACUAGCUCAACAUUGUAAUGUAAAGAAGGAAGCUAGUUUAGCCGCACGCGAACAGGGCAAGUUAUUAUCACUUGCUUUAUAUCUUGUUCACAAGCAAGACUGCAUGCAACCACAACAAGCAGUGACUACAGCCACUCCAUUGACAACCACAGUCUAUAGCGAAGCACGAGUGAUUGCUGUGAAUGAAGAUUACUUCGAUGUUUCUUUACCUGAAUUCGGUAUGGAAAGACGUAUUCACUUGGCCAACUUGCCCUUAUCCAGACAUAAAUACAACCCUGUUGAGCGAGCAUUGACCAUGUUCUGGAAAGAAGGUGUGGUUCCUUCUACUGGUUUGCAACAACAAUGGAGUCUUUCUGACGAUGAAUAUGAAGAAGAAGAAUUAUUGAAUUCAUUUCCUGAAGCGUCUCAAUCUACUCCACUGACAAAGACAACUGACAGUGAUGUUGAUAAGAAACAAUUUGAAGCUAUUGCCUUGGCAGCUUCUAAAGCUGGCAUUGUCCCUGGUCCUACUACCUCAACACCUGGAAAGAAGUCUGCUUCCAAGAGAGCCUCUAUCAUCAGUUCUCGUUUAUCAGCAAGCACAGGCUAUAGUUCGGAACAAUCAUCUCAAACAAUUAAGGCCUUGGAUAAGGUCAGAGUUAUGCUUACGAUUGAAAUGGUCAGAACUCCUCCUUUAAUCAGAGUAUUUGCUGCUAAUCCUUAUGCUUAA